AUGGCUUCCAACAUGAGGUUAACCCAUUUGGCUGACUUAAAGCCAUUCAAGACUGGUUGGAAGGUGCAAGUGAAGGGUACCAAAAUCCACGCCACAGUCAAGAAAAACCUUUUGCAUCGUUUUGAGCGAUUGAUGGUUGUCGGUGAAUGGAAGUUCAUCGAAAACUUUUCGUUGAACCAGGCGUCUGAUGUUAUUGGACGAGUUGAAAGUGUACGUGAACUUGAAACAAUCUCUGUCAUGAACAAGAACACAAGCAAGCUUGAGUUCGACUUGUGUAAUGCGAAAGAGGAGCGCUUACCAUGCACACUUUGGGGUAAAUUUGGUGAGCAAGUCUAUUCGGCUUGUCAGAAUGCUGGCGAACGUGGGGUCAUCAUUGUAAUCCGUUUUGGAGAAAUCAAUGUGUUUAGAGGUGAACGUCAAAUUACCAGUUCUUUUCAAACCUCUAAGGUGCUCAUAGAUCUUAACAAUCCAGAUGUCAUUGAUUUCAAAAAUAGUUUACCUGCAAAUGGCGGAAAUAUUACUUUCUUGAAUAGCAAGCCACAUCAGAGGAUUUCUUAUGAUGAUGAGAGUAAUUUUGAUCAGUUUCCAAUGGUGACUAUUGCUGAAAUGCAAGAUUAUCUGGAGGUUGGGAAAUGCAAAAUCAUGUGUACUGUAUACGCGGUUGAUACAGAUUGGUCAUGGUUUUACUUGGUUUGCACUAAGUGUGGGAAAAAGGUCUACAAAAUCCCAAAACGCGAAAACGAGAAAUUUUGUGAUAAAACUAAGAAGCUUUAUUCAUGUGAAACAUGUGAUGCCAAAGUUUCAUCUGUCAGUGCGAGAUACAAACUCCAUCUUUGUGUAAUGGACAACACAAGCAAGAUCAAAUGUUUUCUUUUUGAUUCAAAUGCAAAAGAUAUUGUUAACCAAUCUGCUGAUGAAAUUUUAAAAGGGACAUACGAUGAGAUACAAGAUCCGGAUGUCGUUCCUGAUGCACUGCAAAACUUGGUUGGGAAGACAUUUCAGUUUCUAAUUUGUGUUGAAAAAGAAAAUCUCUACGGUGGUAGUAAUACAUACAAGGUCGGAAAGGUUUUGAAAGGCAAUCAGGUUUUGACUACCACCGUUGAUGAUGCGAAUGAAUCUGAAGAUGGGGGUGAUCAGAGUUUACUUAUGUCUGGCGAUCAGGCAUCUCUGAUGAACACACAUAGCCAAGAGUCUUCGGAUGAUGUUUCUGGCAAUAUCAAAACUCCUUUAUCAAAGCGUGUGCGUGAUUAUCCUAAAGAUUCAGUCGACUCAUCCUCCUCGUUUAAGAAGUCAUGUAAUAGUGGCAAUAGUGUGGAAACGACAUACGCUAAUGAAGUGAUUGAUGAGGAUACACUGAAGAAUGAUGGUGUUUUGGUGAUCGCUCUUCUUACAAGUGAAUCCAAUGAAGGUGUUGCAAAGUGA